AUGAGUCGGCGCUUUCUGAGCUCUUUCUUCUUCCUGGUCCUCUUUGGGCAGCUUCUCGACGCAAAAGGAAGCUUCGGAGGGGGUCGAGGAUCGAGCGGAGCCAGGAGCAGCAGCUCUUUCUCCAGCUCCAGAGGCUCUUCUUCUUCUUCGUCAUCGUCCUUCUCGGGCUCCCGCUCCGGUUCCUCUUCGGGCACUAGCAGCUUCCGGUAACUCCUCCGUCACCUUUAGUUAGAUUCGCCUUAAUAUGAAAAUUUCAAGGUCCGGCUCAGCUCAAUACAACUCCAACUUCCGUCAAAAUGUGUUCCACACCACUUCCACCAGCACCACUUUCAUGUAUUCUCCCAUGAUGCAUUCGCACGUCAUCAUCUCGCCCGUCACUCCACUCUAGUACGGAACUCAACCUGAUUAUCUCAAACUUUCCUUUCCUAACAUAUUUUUCAGUUUUGGCAGCUAUCACUAUUACUGGGGAGGUCACUAUGUGUCCGAUUACCAGAGACCUCAAAAGUGCGAAUAUGAAAUCAGCGAUGAAGAUGAAGAGUUGAGAAAUGUGAGUUUAUAGUCUAGUCUUUCGGGUUCAAUAGUUCAUAAAUAAUGAUUGUAGGUGACGUUCUCAAAUGGCACCAAACCGACUACACUGACAUUUGGAUGUAAGAACAACGAAGAAUGCUGUGGUCUCGAGUGCUGCUCCAACAGCGCAUCAACAUGGGUUAUACUCAUGUAAGCAAGACUAGCUCCAUUGAUAAUCGUUCAUCUCUUCAGUGCAAUCAUCUGCGCCCUCGGCCUGCUCUUCUGCUUCUGCUCGUGGUGCAGCAAGAAGGGACUCUGCGAGACGGAGACCGUCGUCACUUCCGUCCCAGUCAUCGCAACCACCACCACCACUACCCACUCGUACAGUGUUCCCUCCGCUCCGCCACCACCGCCUGGCUUCCAACCGUUCGUCCAAUCCAAAUGUACCGCCCGUUUAUUCCGCGCCCCCGCAGUACAAUCAAUACGAGCACAACUCGCCGUACGAUUCACGCCACUCAGUUCCAGUCAAAUUCACACCACUUUCAAAAAAUGA